AUGCACAACAAUCAUACUUCAGCUAUUCACUUUUACCAUCUUGAUGAACCAUAUGGUGAGUUUGGUAACUUUUAUCCUGCGCCUAUUGAACUUGAUGGACAUAUCUGGCCUACUGUCGAACAUUACUUUCAAGCACAAAAGUUCUCGUAUGAUGAAUAUCGCGUCAGACAUAUUGCACAAUUGUCCACGCCGCGAGAAGCUUUCGAUUACGCUCAAGCCCAUCGUUCUGAGACACGAUCAGAUUGGAUGGACGUUAGAGAUGCGGUCAUGCUGAAAGCAUGUAUGGCUAAGUUUCAGCAGCAUCUACAUCUUAAACACCUGUUAUUAUCAACGGGACAUCGCACUCUAAUUGAACAUACUGGAAAUGAUUCGUACUGGGGUGAUGGUGGAGAUGGAUCAGGUCAAAAUCAGUUGGGGAUUACUUUGAUGCAAGUUCGAAAAGCCAUUAAACAUCACCAUUGA